AUGAAGUUCGGGAAGAGCAUCUGCGUACUCAACGUAGGGGGAACCCGGUACGCCUUCACCCGCGAGGUGAUUAAGGAUUUCCCUCUCCGACGCGUCAGCCGCCUGCAUGCAUGCGCAACCGAGAAAGAGGUUCUUGAACUGUGCGAUGACUACGACAGGGACCGGAAUGAGUUUUUCUUUGACCGCCACGCGCAGGCUUUCGUGUUCAUCAUGCUCUACGUGCGCUCUGGUAAACUCCGCUUUGUCCCCGGAGUGUGUGAGCUGUCCUUCUACACAGAGAUGCUCUACUGGGGACUGGAGAGCGCGCACCUGGACUCCUGCUGCCAGAAACGCCUGGACGACAGGAUGUCCGAGAUCGGACUGGACACUCUGUCCGAAGUGGACGUCGGAGUGUCGGGGGAUGAGUCCCAGAGCUCGGGCGAGCCUGUGCAGCGGACUGCGCUCACCGGUCGCGCUAAAUGGCUCGAGAAGAUGCGCAAGACAUUCGAGGAGCCCAACUCUUCGCUUUUGGCGCAGCUUUUGGCUUCAGUGUCUGUGAUAUUUGUGCUCGUUUCUAUGAUCAUGCUGUGUGCUAGUACACUGCCGGACUGGGAUACAGCCAAGAGAAAUACUGUGGAGGAGCACAGGAUAGUGGAGGCAGUGUGUAUUGGCUGGUUUACAGCAGAGUGCAUAAUGCGCUUUCUGGUGGCCAGAAGCAAGUGGGACUUCCUCCGCCGGCCGCUGAACAUCAUCGACGUGAUUGCCAUCACCCCCUACUAUGUCACAAUGGUUAUGGCCCGGGCAGGGAUGCCGGGUGCCGGGCUCGGGGUUGCUGGGGUGAUACUGCGUGUGCUGAGGAUGAUGCGAGUGUUCUGGCUAAUGAAGCUGGCCAGACACUUUCUGGGCCUCCAGACAUUGGGGCUGACGCCGCGGUGCUACCGGGAGAUGGUCAUGCUGAUGGUGUUUGUCUUUGUUGCCAUGGCAAUAUACAGCGCUUUGGCCCAGCUGCUGGAGCACGGCUUGGACUUGGGAACCCGGAACCCGGAUUACGCCAGCAUCCCAGCAGCCGCCUGGUGGGUCAUCAUUUCCAUGACGACAGUGGGGUACGGGGAUGUGUACCCUGUGACAGUUGGGGGACGGGUGCUUGGGGGAAUGUGUGUAGUGAGCGGCAUUGUUCUCUUGGCACUUCCCAUCACAUUCAUUUACCACAGUUUUGUACAGUGCUACCAAGAACUUAAACUCCGCUCUGCCAGGUACGCACGCAGCCUGUCAGUGGAGAUGCUGCAAUGAACGUGCAUUUAUAUCAAAACACCUUUGGCCCUGCUUACAUCAGAAAGAAACUCAACAAACCAGUAGACCUGCUGAUCCCAUUGUGAAAUAGUGAUCCAUUUUGUGCCCUGCCCUGUUUCCUGACUGAGCUAACCCUGGUUUUUUAUUUGGCCUGUCUAGUUCCAGCCUGUUGUGUUGAUGAUCUCCAAUUAUUGUCUCCAACCGGCAUGCUCUGCGCCCAUCUCCUUAACAACAUCACUUGGACAGAAGAAUAGGAAUACACAAAUAAUUAUUUAUUAAACACACACAGGCGCAGUCAAUCCAGUUUUGACAGCGGCUGCUGUUUACACUGUAUUCCCAUGGUUACAACAUUGGCAGAGACGGCUGCAUCCAGUGUGUGUGUGUGUGUGAGUGUGGGUGUGUGUGUGUGUUUGUAGGUGUGGGUGUGUGUGUGUGUGUUUGUUUUUCAGCCUUUCACUAUGUCUUAUAGCACCCAGGUGGCACAAGUUACACAAGAUUGAUGUGUGACCUAGAUGCAUUCUGUUAAACCUGUGAAAUACAGACAUGAAGUGAAGAAGUGAGUGUUAAGUGGGGAUGCAGAAGGGGUAUACCGAGGGCUUAGUUGUGUAGGAGGUGCCAGUGAUAAUGAAAUAUGGAGACAAGUCAUCAAGGACUACAAGGUGGCAGACAAAUGACGGAUUGACAGAUAUGAUUGAAUGUGAAAUGGAGGAUAAAAGAUUCUGGGACAACAAUGACAGAGAUGACAAAAUGUGGAACAACCCUGAGCACAAACAAUUAAUACUGAGAAUGUGUUGCUUCUCCAUUUGUGAGGGAAUGUAAGACAAUUUGUAUUUCUGUCUCCAAGGCAACCUCCAUCCUCCAAAAUGCCAAUCAUAAUGGUGGUGGAUCUUGUGUGCACACAAAUAGGCCACAUCCACGCACACAACUCCUUGCUGCUACGCAGCAUUUUUGCAAUUAUUGGAAAGAUUGCAUAACAGAAUUCAUUGAAAUAAAAAUAAAAUUUAAAAAUAAAUUACCAUGAUGGUUCUGACAGUCAUUAUUCAGACAUGUUUCCACUGUCCAUGGUUUCCCAAUAUGAUUUGUUGAUCCAAAUAAACAAGUCAACACCUCUCCCACACAACAGUCUUUCUCUGCAUCUCCUCUCCUCUUCCUCCUGUUGCCAUCUUUUUACACACACACACACACACACACACACACACACACACACACCAAGUCCAUGCUCUUUUGUUGCACAAAUAAAACAAUUAAGGAGUCCUUUAAUUAUCUGUCGGUCCUUGAAUUUAAAGUCUACAUUGUUUAUUUCCUCAAAGACUUUGCAGCCUUGUAUGAGUUUAGUAUUGUAGACAGUACAUAUCUCACUAUCGUUGUACUGUUAUCAAUGUGCUUUUUAAGUUGUCACAAAUAUGAGAGGUAAUCAAUAUUUUACCACCUUGCCUAUAAUACAUAAUUUUCAAGCUCACGUGGCAUAGCUUGUGACUUUUGGCCAGGCCUGAUUGAAAUCAUCAAUCAAAACCUUUUCAUCAGUAUACCACGAACUUGUAAUUAAUGUGAUUAUUGUAUGAGCUUUAUAAUAAAAUUUUUGUGAGCAAAAUGUC